AUGUCUUCUCAGAGAGCUCGAGGUGUUGCUCCUAAAUUUUGUGCUCUUCCUACCAAGAGAUCUAUCAGCGUAUCCGAUGCAGAGAGCACACCUGUCAAAAAAUUGAAAUCAGCUUCAGAUGUUGGUGUCGAUCCUCCAUCGUUUGACCUUGGAAUAGAGGCUUCACCUGCUGGUACUAACGAGGUCACUCCGAAGGAUAAAAUCUUUGCUGUACAACGAAUAUUCUCUCCAAACCAGCAAGAUCCUUCCAAGCCGCAAUCAAGCCGUCGAUCAUGUGGUGUUGCAGAAAUGUCACCUUAUGAUGCCAGCAGGCAUCUUGCACAAUGCAUUAUACUAGACAUUGUACAUGUGAUUGAGGAAUCAAUUGACCCUACUGACAAGGUGCUGUACGGGCAGUGGAUAACUCAGCCGUAUGUUAAGCUUGCUGCUCCAGCUACAACUUCGCCGUCUGUUGACUGGGCCUCAGACCUGCUACCAGCUAUGCCUGAUCCGGUUGUUGUUGGCGCCAUUAUUGAAUGCUGCAACGAAUUAUCUGAAACACCUGUUCGACGUGAAUGGGUUGUCCAUGAUAUGCCACGCUACCUGGUGCUAACUGGAGCUGAGCUUAUUAAUUCAUUUGUACAAGGAAAGGGUUUUGACUCAGAUAGUAUUGAUGUAGCAUUUCGUCGUUUCCGUCAGCUCGAUCCCACUAUACAAACCGAUGGGUUACGUGUCCGCUGGCGACACUUUAUUGAAUCUGACUUCGCGAUGAAUUCACUUGCUGGAUAUGGGCCCGAACGCAUUAUUACUGUUUUCAAUCAGUUUACUAACGUUGACUACUGCAUUCCUACAUGCAAGCUUGUAUGA